ACGCUUCGGAAGCUGGGAAACAUAGCGGGUCGCUUUCGGACCCAGCGGUGUGCCCUUCUGACACAGUUCACAGGGACGGCGGCGGGCUGAUCAUGCACUACAUCUUCAUAUCCGUCUUCGCCCUGCUGCUUUCCUUCGGGUUUAUGAGUCGCCUGUGUUCCGGCAAUCAUCACCACGGCGAACCGGAAACCCCGGACUGGCGAAUGGCUCUGAAAACCAUACGGAACGGCGUCCAUAAGAUAGACACGUACCUGAACGCCGCCCUGGACUUGUUCGGAGGGGAAGACGGUCUGUGUCAUUAUAAAUGCAGCGACGGUUAUAAACCGGCGCCUCGCCGCGGUUAUAAACCCCCACCGCCGAACGGAUGCGGAUCUCCAGUGUUUGGGCUUCAGUUUGACAUCGGCAUCCCCUCCAUGACUAAGUGCUGUAACCAGCAUGACCGAUGCUAUGACACUUGUGGCAGCCACAAGCACGACUGUGACGAGCAGUUCCAGGUCUGUUUGGAGACCAUCUGCCGGAACGUGCAGCGCACGCUGGGAUUGUCUCAAAGCGUACAAGCCUGCGAGUCGGCAGUCAGACUGUUGUUCGACGCCGUCAUGCACCUGGGGUGUAAGCCCUACCUGGACAGCCAGAGAGCCUCUUGCAUUUGUCAGUACGAAGAUAAAGUGGAGCUGUGAUGCCAGGGCACCUGGGAUGGUUGGCACAGAUGCGGGCACUACGCCAACGUCACAGGAAUAAGGAUAUCCGAGCUCAUGGUGGCAAAGUUGAUCUGGACCAAGUGUAAUGAGCACAUUGCUAAUUGCAAGGUCACAUGACCCUUAUGAAUAUUCAUAUCAAUGUAUACGAGUGUGCUGAGCUUUUUCUGUGUGCACAACUGUUCCCAGAACUGUUCCCAGGCCCAGUCGUUACUUAAUGAGUGAUUGAGACUAAUUAAUUAAUUGUCUCCUAGGAGACAGCACUGAUGCCUCACACCCCUGGGACCAGGGUUCGAGUCUAUGGCACGGUUCUGUAGUGUCGUUCGCAUGUUCUCCCUGUAUCGUCACAGGGUUUCCUCUGGGUACUCCAGUUUCCCCCCGCAGUCCAAAAACAUGCUGAGAUUGAUUGGAGUUACCAAAUUGCCCAUAAGUAUGCAUGUCUGAGUCACUGCUGUGUCAGUGUGCCCUGUGUUGGGUUGGCGUCCUGUCCUGGAUUGUUCCCUGCCUUGUACCUGUAGCCUCUGGGAUAGGCUCCCCCCCCCAGGAUAGGAUAAGCGGGUACAGAAAAUAGAUAGAUUGCAUCCUAAUUGAUCUAGUGAUUACUAUUAUCCACACCUCUAGCUACAUUUGCUUGGUUAAGUACAGCUUGAGAGGAAUCCUUUGGUACUGGGAAUUUAAUAAUAAAUAAAGCACCAUAUUUCAA